AAAAGUCCUUUCCUAAUGUUGAAAGCUGAAUAAUUAGAACCACAGGAGACCAUGUACAUCGUUAAAUUAUCACAGAUGCUGCCUGACAUCUGGUAUUUUGAGCAAGAGGAAAAUGGCUGUUCCUUCCAAACGUGAAAACAUGCAUCAUCCCUGAAGACUGAAUCCUCCACCCUUCCUGUACUGCAAUGGAAGAAUCAAUGAAGUCCUUGCCCGUGACUGACUUGCAGGCCGCAAAUCAGUUUGUGGCCUGGGACAAGAUGACCGAUGUAGAGAAGGACUGUCCUGUGGUGCCAGCCUUCAUAGAUGACAACUUGUUAAAGCAAUUUGCCAGGCAAGGUUACUGGGCGAAGAGCCACUCACUGAGAGGCAAAGUCUAUGAGCAAAUCAUCAAAGCUGUCCCUUGUAGGACUGUGACUCCAGAUGCUGAGGUGUACAAAGAUAUUGUGGAGAAAAUCACUGGGAAAAGAAACACUUCCACAUUAUCGCUGCCAGAAUUUGUGGAUGGCAGUACUAUCCCAAGCUAUUGCCUGAACGUGGAUGGAAUUGGUGCAGUUAGAAAGAUCGUGGUGUGUAUUUCCAGCCAGUUUCCAGAUAUCUCUUUCUGUCCUGUGCUUCCAGCAAUUGUGGCGCUGCUCCUGCACUAUAGUGCAGACGAAGCAGACUGCUUCGAAAAGGUAUGCCGUCUCCUGGCCUGCAAUGACCGCACAAAACAUUUCUUUGACCAAACCUUUUUGGCGUACGAGUCCUCCUGCAUGACUUUCGGAGACCUAGUCAAUAAAUACUGCCAGGGUGCUCACAAGCUGAUUGUGAGUGCUUCAGAGGACGUACUAGAGGUUUACUCUGAUUGGCUGCGAUGGAUAUUUGGAGACCUACCCUUUAACUAUGCAGCCCGUGUGUUGGAUAUCUUCUUUGUUGAAGGGUGUAAGGUCCUGUACAGGGUAGCACUGGCCCUCCUCAAGUUCUUCCACAAAUUCAGAACCAAACAGCCUGGGAAAUCUGCCAACGUUCGAGCUGACAUUCAGAACUUUGUCCAGGGGAUCAAUGAGCACAUCUCAGUUGAGAAGCUGUUGGAGAAGGCAUUUUCCAUCCGUCUGUUCUCCAGGAAAGAGCUCCGUUUGCUCAAAGAUGCCAAUGAGAAAGCACUGAAAAAAAAAGGCAUCACUGUAAAUCAAAAGAGACAUAAUAUCCAUCUAGCUGUCAAUGUUGAAAAUUUCAAAUCUAAUAUUGUCAGUGCAAAGGAGAUGAGAGAGAUUUGGUCAUGGAUCCCAGAACGAUUUGCACUUUGCCAGCCAACAUUGAUUUUCACUACUGUGGACCAUGGUUAUAGUUUGAACAGAUUUUAUGCUCAUUGUGAGGGGUAUGAACCAACCAUCAUUCUCAUUAAAACAUCAGAGGCUGAGGUCUGUGGAGCCUACCUUUCAACAGACUGGAGAGAAAGAAGACGACAAGGAAACAAAUUGAGCUAUUUUGGCACAGGAGAAUGCUUUGUGUUCAAGCUGCAGCCUGAAAUGGUGCGAUAUGAAUGGGUUAUCAUUAAACAUCCAGAGCUGGAAGCAGCUAAAGGUGCCUCGGACACAUUUGCAGACUCACCACAGCAGUCUGGUGUUCUGGAUGCAGAACCCCCUGAGGAGCUGGGUUUACUUGCUUCCUCUGAAGACCCCUCGGACAGAUUAUCACCCUUUCUUGCCACUCGUCACUUCAACCUAACCACCAAAGCAACAUCUAUGUUCAUGGCUGGAAAUGCAGACUCCAUUAUAGUUGGUGGUGGUGGCCGCCCUGCAUUGUACAUCGAUGGGAACCUGAACCACGGCACAACUGGACACUCCAGUACCUUUGACAACCUUCCUCUGUGCUCAGAAACUUUCCAGAUCAGUACGCUGGAAGUGUGGGGCUUCCAGGACAACGUGUCCAAUUGAAGACAUCUUUGGGUUGUAUCCUGUCUCAAGGAAUCUCUUCAAUCAUAUCAUCCUUUUAUUUGUGCAGGGUCUGCCUAUUGAGCUGGAUUCCUGCUCAGAUGUUUCUGCUAGUGCAGUAUUAUUUUUACCUCAGACUCCAUUGAGUCAGAAGUAGGGGAAUGAAAGUCUUCGGUGAGGAGGUAGAACCCAGAUCUGCUAUGAUAGUACUCAAAAAGAAAAAAAAACUGCAGAUGCUGGAAAUCUAAAUUAAAAACAAAGUGUUGGAGAUCUCAGCCAGCUUUCUGAGGAGACAGAAACAGUUAAUGAUGAAAGGUUAUUGAUCUUUCCAUAGAUGCUGUUUGAUUGCUGACUAUCUCAGUGCUUUGUUUUUAUUUCAUCUAUGAUAAUACCAUCUGUAUGUUUUUGAUUUAAUACCAAUUCCACUUAUCAUGAACCUAUCUGUAGCAAAGGUUUCAACCUUGUGGAUCGAGAAUUGGUCACUCUGUAAGGAUGUUAUACACCGUUCUAUGAAUUAACUCUAUGUUUCACCUGUGGUAUGAGAACAGGCCAGAAGUUUGUCCUCAGUCAUAUGCACCUGAUGUGAGCGCAUAUGCUCAUUGUACUCAACGACUUUUGACUUCAGUGGAACUGAAUUUCAGAUGUACAGUUUAGUGAGCAAAACUACUCCUGUGCUUAGGACAAAUUUCUAAUCCCUACUGUCUUUCUAACACUUGUUAUUUAAAUAUUUGUUUAUUAAGUUCCAAUGGGGAAUUACAUUCCUAUGUGCACAUUAUCAGAUUAUAACACAUGCUGUGCACUGAUGAUGUGGGAGACUGUUUAAGUGCAGUCUGGGUCACAAUGAGCAACAAUCUGCUGGAAGAACUCAGCAGAUCAAGCAGCAUCUGUGGGAGGAGAGGAAUUAUUGACGUUUCGGGUCGAAACCCUGCAUCAGGACUUCCUUUCCUCCUACAGAUGCUGCUCAACCUGCAGAGUUCUUCUAGCAGAUUUUGUUGCUCCAGAUUCCAGCGUCUGCAGUCUCAUGUGUCUCCUGGGUCACAAUGAGGUUGGAACAAUGACACUGCUUGUGGAGAGCUGACUGCCGGACAAAACAGGUUCAUUUAAAGAAGAGUUUGUUUGUUAAUCUAAUUUGGCCAAAACUAUGCACAGCUUUUUGUAUAUCGUUUCAGUAUUGUUUUAAAUUGCACUUUUCAAGCUAAAUGCAGUUGGCAGAACAAUUCUUCUUAAGUGCACUAUUUUAGUUUAGGUGUAGUCUCUUUAAUGAGGCCAGAAGUUUGCCAGACGUAUUUGCAUGCUGCAGGUUAAACCCAUUCAUCCUCUACAUCAAUUAAUGCCCUCAGCUAACCAGAUAGAUGUGGAGAUUCUGUCUCAAGGAGCAGCUACUCUUAUAUAUCAGCAGAGAGGGCACAGCCCAAUUGAAUUUGCUUUUCCACUUUAAAGCCCAAUUUUAACAGCUAUUGCUAGCAUGCUGGGGAUUGCUUCAUCAAUGCUGGCUUCAGAGCAGUUGACACCUUUGACAUGAUUGGCAUCACUGACUCAGGGAAUCUAACACUGCAUAUCAUGGUUUUAAAAAUGUUAAAUAUCCAGUGGAAUUGCAGAAGUGUGCACAACUAACAACUUUUUUUCCACAGUAUUCUAUAUAAUUUUUAAAAUUUGGAAUGGCAAUCCUCAGUGUUAUUACCAGACUCUUGGAAGCAGCUGCUCGUUUGUUUACAUAAAGUGGAUGUAACGUCUCCUAUAUGUUGUCUACCUACCCUCUCAUAUCAUGACUAGAAGGUUGAGAUUCGUUCAGAAACUUGCUACUCCCCAGACAUGUGCAGUAAACUGUAAACUUCACCUUUGACCAGGUUAAAAAAAUCCUUCAACACAAAUCUUCAGAAUAUAGAGUUAACCUUUUGACCAAUGUACAUUAAGGAGAUGGUUGUAGGUUUAACUUUUUUUUGAAGGUGCCCCAUUUCAGAGAGGUGUUUAUGUGUGUAAAUUUUUUUUCUGUUAGCAGUUGAAGAAUUCCAAUACUCCCACCAACUAUGAUAAAAGAAUUGAAAUGUCACUUUAACACCUUAAUCUCAAAACUACUGGCCAUUACUAAAAAUUGUGCAUGUGGAAAAUGGUCACAUCCACUAUUUUAAUGGAAGGGUUAUCCCACUUACAAUAAAUAGAGUAAAUAUUCUAAUUGAACAUUGGAUAGAUAAAGGUUCCCCAGUCAUGCUCACACAAUUACACAGAGCAUGACUUCAGAGCCACUAUUUCCAUCUCUCUUGGUCAUUUUUCCUUGAGGUGCUUCAGGGAUAUUAGCAGUUUGGGCAUCAGACUGCUACCUGACACCCACAGGGCACCAUAAUUCCUGGCAAAAGAUUGCUCAUCUUUAAAUUCAACCUUUCAGGACUGCUUGUGUAGGAAUAGAAUUUAAAAAACACAAACCUAAGUUGUCAAGAUCCAAAGUAGAGCAUUAAAGUAAACAAUGACAAACUUUAACUGGACGCUGAAUGCCGUAUGGUCAUAAAACCAAUGACAAAUGGAGACAUUAAAAUGGUGAGCUUGUACUUCAGUACAUGAACUUAUUGUAGACUAAACCACUGGACAGGUGCUACACUUAUCUAAUUUAGAUAUGGAAGAAACAGCCCUCAAAACAACCAUUGCUGCACAAGGCCACUUAAAGCUUGGGGUCAAUGUGACAGAAGCUGCUGUUUUGGUCACUGAACCAAGCUUUCCUGUUUGAAGGGCUCUUGUUACCAGUGUUUGUGGGUGAAUUGUUUCAAUUUGGACUAUAGUACAUUUACAGAGUUUUGGCUUCAUCUUUGGAAGCAAGUCUUGUAGAGCGCACCCUGAAUUAGAGUAUUUUUCUUUUGCUCGGGAAUAAUCAUAAAAUCAUUCCAAGAUCACAGUUGAGCCACACAAUUUCAGGACUCUGGGACAGUGCAAUUGCUGCCUUCCACAGGAAUGGUAUUAUUUUGGAUAAGUGCAAUAUUUUUUUCUUAAUAUCAGUGAACCAUAUCAUUGGAACCUGGCAAUGUACAGAAGCUGAAACUGCACAUUAAUGUGGGAUGUUUGUACAUAUCUGUGUCCCAGCCAUCCAUCUGGCAGCAGAAUGCCAGCAGUGGGGCUGUUCCUGCAAAAGGGGAAAAUGGGGGCAACAGUUUCACAAUCAAGCCAUUGUAAAUAUCUCUAGCGAACUGUAACCUCGUGUUUGACUUUGUGUUUGUAAUCCAUUCUGAUGCAUUACUGUUGUGAAAGUGGUCUAUGGUCAAGGUGAAUGCCCUUGGUAGAUGCCAUGUGUGAUAUUAGACCUGUAUAUUUUAUUAAGUAUUGUGUGGCACCAAUGUAUUUAAGGCCAGUGAGAAAAGGUUUAGUUGUAUAAGAGCAACUGAAAUCUUUGUUAGUUUGAAGGUGCUGUCACAUUGUAGUUCUGUUAGCACUGGGGAUGAGUGCUGUUUUAUGAUUCCGUUAUUGUUCAGCCAGUACAACCAGAACCCACCUUGCUCUAAGGUUCUGAUCUCUCUGUGCACCAAGCUCAGACUGGUUGCAUGCACCAGUUGGGUGUGAAGCAGCAAGGAAGGGAUCUUCAUUUCUGAAGCCCCUUACAUGGUGAAUGGAGCAGCAGCACUAAUCACCCUGUACCCCAAAUGAAAGGUGGAACCGCCCCAAUCAGCGAUUAUAUUACCUGCCAUCCCUGAGAACUGGAGAUGCUCACGAGUCCAACAACAAUGCAUUGUUUUUUUUUGGUCUUAAGGAAUGUGAUUAAUCCAUAUCUUCAACAAUUUAAUUAUUGCCUAAAGUUAAUGAGAAAUUUGUGAUUGUCCCAUAUAAAUAUAUCAGACGAGCUCUGUUUUCUUGCCCUUAUUUUGCUUGUUGACGUACUCAGGUCUGUAUGUGGGAGACCUUUGCUAUGAUGGAAUAACCUUGCUUCUUAGUGCUUUAAUUAUUGGUAUGGAUAUGUUGCAUAAUAUCUCAGUGGAGUGCUGUUCAGACACCGUUCCAUCCAGGCUGGUAGCAAUCUGUAAGUGUCACUGAGUUACAAGUGCUGAAACAAGAACACAUCCAACAUGUCUUUUGUUGUGACACUGUGGGUAGCAUGGAUGGGACUCCAUUUAUGAGACCUUGGUUCUGUGAAUCUGUGGGCAGUUGUGCAUUGUGUAACGCUCUGUUUGCAGGUGACUGUACCAGCUGCAGGCACAUUGAGGAGUUGUACAGACCCAGGUGAAGGCAGCAUGGACCACUCACAGCUUCAGGAGAUUGUCAGAUUUCUGUGUUGUUGCCAUGAAUGAGGAUUGUGAGAAACCCCAUCAACUCGCCUGGCCGUCAAGUACCCUGGGCCAAGUGAAAAAGGGGCAGAUGUCUGAAACUAUCUCCAUUUCAAAUGUGCUCACGUAUAAAAUGUCACCUGCUCAAAGAGGAAAGAUGUUAUCGCCAUUGUUGAAUUUGUGCAAUAAAGUGUGU